AUGAACAUCUUAGAAACCGCAGAGAACGCAGGUGGGGUCUGCUCUCCUGGCAUCGUUACAGAGCAGAAGUGGUACUUAAACUCCCAAAUCUCUGUCUUUACCCCUACGGAUCCAGCAAGGUUAGUCCGGACAGAGUCCGUCCCGUGUGACAUCAACAACCCUCUACGAAAGCCACCCCGGUAUUCGGACCUGCACAUCAGCCAGACGCUCCCCAAAACCAACAAAAUCAACAAGGACCACAUCCCUGUUCCUUACCAGCCGGACUCCAGCAGCAACCCCUCGUCCACGACAUCCUCCACGCCCUCCUCGCCAGCGCCCCCACUCCCGCCCAGCGCCACGCCGCCUUCUCCCCUACACCCUUCUCCUCAGUGCACAAGGCAGCAGAAGAAUUUCAACCUGCCAGCGUCCCACUACUACAAAUACAGGCAGCAGUUCAUCUUCCCAGAUGUGGUGCCGGUGCUGGAGACGCCGACGCGGGCGCCCCAGGUCAUCCUGCACCCAGUGACCUCAAAUCCAAUCUUGGAAGGAAAUCCAUUACUUCAAAUUGAAGUGGAGCCAACCUCGGAGAAUGAGGAGGGCCACGACGAGGCCGAGGAGUCGGAGGACGACUUUGAGGAGAUGAACCUGUCCCUCCUCUCGGCCCGGAGCUUCCCACGCAAGGCCAGCCAGACCAGCAUCUUCCUCCAGGAGUGGGACAUCCCCUUCGAGCAGCUGGAAAUCGGCGAGCUCAUCGGGAAGGGCCGCUUCGGGCAGGUGUACCACGGCCGCUGGCAUGGCGAGGUGGCCAUCCGGCUAAUUGACAUUGAGAGGGACAACGAGGACCAGCUCAAGGCCUUCAAGCGGGAGGUGAUGGCCUACAGGCAGACACGGCACGAGAACGUGGUGCUGUUCAUGGGCGCCUGCAUGAGCCCGCCCCACCUGGCCAUCAUCACCAGGUCAGUCCUGCCCGGGUUCCCCACCGGAAUACUCCCACCAGGAAUAUUUGGGAAUAUUCAUUCCCAAAGCUCUGCUUCUGGCAGUGUUGAGCAGCGGGGGUUCUGGUAG